UGGCUCCACCAACUCGGUCACCCCUCCAGUGGUUCAUUCAGUUGGGGGAAACAUUGGACGGUUAUUUCUUAUUGUUAAUGAAUAAAAUGCUAAAUUUAUAGUGACAAAAUGUUAAUGCAAGCUCUCAGACCGUCUGUCCCCUUUAUCCGGAGCAGGAGCGCUCUGCUGCGGCUCUACCAUGCGGAUAAAGUCGCCACUCUGGGCUCCCAGGCUGAUGUGCAGUCUCCGGUUUACCAGGAAAACUAUGAACGCAUGCAAGCUUUGGUGAAGGAGCUGAAAGAGCGAUCAGAGAAGAUCAAACUUGGUGGAGGAGAAAGAGCAAGGGCCUUACACACAUCCAGAGGAAAGCUUCUGCCUCGGGAACGAAUUGAUAGACUCCUAGACCCAGGCUCUCCCUUUUUAGAACUGUCCCAGCUUGCUGCUUAUGAGCUGUAUGGUAGUGAAGAAGUUCCCGCUGGAGGCAUCAUCACUGGCAUUGGUCGAGUUUCUGGGGUGGAAUGCGUGAUCGCUGCAAAUGAUGCCACUGUGAAAGGAGGUACUUAUUAUCCAGUUACUGUAAAGAAGCACCUUCGCGCUCAAGAGAUUGCACAACAGAACCACCUGCCAUGCAUUUAUCUCGUGGAUUCUGGGGGUGCCAACUUGCCCAGACAGGCAGAAGUGUUUCCUGACAGAGAUCACUUUGGUCGCAUCUUCUUCAACCAGGCACGUCUGUCCUCACAGGGCAUUGCACAGAUCGCUGUAGUAAUGGGAUCUUGUACGGCAGGGGGUGCGUAUGUCCCCUCCAUGGCAGAUGAGAGCAUCAUUGUUCGCAAACAAGGGACAAUUUUUCUGGCAGGACCUCCAUUGGUAAAAGCUGCCACCGGUGAAGAAGUCUCUGCUGAAGACCUUGGAGGUGCUGACCUUCACUGCAGACAUUCUGGGGUAACAGAUCACUAUGCCUUAGAUGAUCUCCAUGCUCUUCAUUUGGCAAGGAAAGCUGUGCGAAACCUGAACUACAGGAAGAAAUUAGAUGUCACUGUAGAACCUCCAGAGGCGCCACUAUUCCCAGCAGAUGAGAUUUACGGCAUAGUGGGGGACAACCUGAAACGAAACUUCGACGUAAAAGAGGUGAUUGCUCGAAUUGUUGAUGGCAGUAAGUUUGAUGAAUUCAAAGCAUUGUAUGGAGACACACUGGUAACAGGUUUUGCACGAAUAUUUGGUUAUCCAGUAGGAAUCAUUGGAAAUAAUGGAGUACUGUUUUCAGAGUCAGCAAAGAAAGCAACACAUUUUAUUGAGUUGUGCUGUAGUCGGAACAUUCCACUGAUCUUUCUGCAGAACAUCACAGGCUUUAUGGUGGGGAAAGAGUAUGAAGCUGGAGGUAUUGCUAAAGAUGGAGCCAAGAUGGUAACCGCUGUGGCCUGUGCCAAUGUGCCCAAGAUCACCGUCAUCAUCGGAGGGUCUUAUGGGGCUGGAAACUACGGAAUGUGUGGCAGAGCUUACAGUCCCCGAUUCCUGUACAUGUGGCCUAAUGCACGCAUCUCAGUGAUGGGAGGAGAGCAGGCAGCAAAUGUGUUGGCCACCAUCACUAAAGACCAGAAAGCCAGACAAGGAAAAGAAUUCACAGCUGAAGAGGAGGCAGCUAUGAAGGAUCCCAUUAUCAGACGGUUUGAAGAGGAAGGAAGCCCUUAUUUCUCCAGUGCCAGACUGUGGGACGAUGGAAUUAUUGAUCCUGCUGACACGCGCCUCGUCCUGGGCCUCAGUCUGAGCGCUACUCUCAAUGCUCCCACACAGAAGACUCGCUUUGGCGUCUUCAGAAUGUAAUAUUAAACAAAAAAAGAAAGAAAGAAAACACCAUGUUCCUAGAGUUUGGAUCUUGUUAGAUCUUUUUGGGGCGAGAGGAAACACUAACGUUUUACUGUGGGCAAGUUACUGUUUUGUCUUUUAUUCCAUGUGAGAUAAAGAGUAAAAUGUAUAAUGUUUUUCAGAUGAUUUUGUCUGUUUGGAAAAUAAUUAAAAUAAUUUACUUAAUGUUUA